AAUCUGUGCUUUAAAAGGAUCCACAGUGUUUAUGAACGGAACUUUUACUCACCCAGAAGGUCUCACAGUGAAGGAGACUUUCUGGGGUAAACACACAGGGGUGGAGCUGACUGAUCUGAGGAAAGACCCAGAUUAUUCAGGCAGAGUCGAGUUUUUCACUGAUGAUCAGAAACACUUCUCCCUCAAACUGAGUGAUGUGAUGAAGAAGGAUGAACAUCAGUUCUGCUUCAAAAUCAUAACAAAUGAAAAAGAAAAAGAAAGAUGGACAGGUUAUCCUGGAGUUCAGCUCAGAGUUACAGAGCUCCAUGUAGAAGCUCCUGAAGAAGUGACCGAGGGACAAACAGCAGAUCUGACAUGUAACACCACCUGCAAUCUGACUGACCCAACAUUCAUCUGGUACAAAAAUGGACAUCCUUUAACCACAAAGACCAUCAAGAACAACCAGCUCCACCUGCAGACGGUCAGCAGUGAGGAUGCAGGCAGUUAUAGCUGUGCUGUAGGAGGAUCUCAACACCUCCGCUCUACUGCUCACAGCCUCAGAGUCAGAUAUCCGCCAAAGAGGGUCUCUUUGUCCAUCAGUCUGAUGAACUCUGGUGAAAUAGUGGAGGGCAGUUCAGUGACUCUGACCUGCAGCAGUGAUGGAAACCCACCUGUGAAGAACUACACCUGGUUUAAAGAAGGUGGAACCUCACCUGUAGGAUCUGGACACAGUUACAGCAUCAUCAACAUCACUGCUGACCACACUGGACUGCACUACUGUGAAGCUCAGAAUGACCAUGGAGCUCUGAAUGGAACUGUGAUGGUCACUGUUAAGAGUCAGUGUUUCUACGGUUUGUUGACAGUUUUGAUUGCAGUGGGAGGAGGAAGUGUUGUUUUCAUCAACGUCUCAAUCUGCAUCUGCCUGAUGAUGAAAAGAGCUGCUGGUAAGGAUCACCAUGAGUCACAACAGAACAUCGGACAUUCAAACUGUUCUCCAUGCAUGCUUCACUCUCAGGAUGAUGUCCCCUACACCACCGUUACACGCAGAACAUCAAGACCUGCACAGGCUGCUGACUCUGCUGCCUCUGGAGCUGCUGAUGUUCUGUAUGAUACAGUCAGGAUUCAGAAUAAUGAAGUGACCACCACUGACCAGCAAGGGGAGCACCAGUAUGCCAACGUAACAUUCCACCACCCUGCUGCCACUGGGCCUGGAAAUCAAUAUGUGGAUACUUCAGUGAUUUACAGCACAGUCAGAAAAGAUUAGAUCUGCUGAGAACUGCUAUUCAGUUGGGUGGGGGUGUUGGGGGGAUUGGUAUUGAUGGAUUCUCAUCAUAUAUUGAGCUCUUCUUUGUUGUUACUGUACAUGAAUCUGAACUGUCAGUAGUGAAGAGGAUUAAAGCUUUACAGU